CGCAGUGACGCCGUCCCAAAGCCGCCGCCAAGACCCAAGGGUGUUUGGUUUCUCCUCUUUCGCUCGCCAUCUCGAACGCUCGCCGGCCCCGGUCCAAUCCCAAGCAGUCCUCGACGGAGAUGGCAGUUCCCGGCGGCCGCAACGGGCUCAGGGACGACGAGGACGACAUCGCCGAGCACGCCGAGGCCUUCGCCGGCGCCUCCGACGACGAGGAUGUGCCUCCCCACCUCCGCGCCCUCGCCAACGCCGCCCAGACCGGCGACGUCGACGCCCUCCGUGCCGCCCUCGAUAACCAUGAUGACAGUAUUGAUGUUCCUGUUGAAGAUGGUGAUACUCUGCUUCACCUGGCAUGCUUAUAUGGUCAUCUUCCUUGUGUGCAGCUAUUGUUGGAACGUGGGGCUAGCUUGGAAUGCAAAGAUGAAGAAGGUGCAAUUCCUCUUCACGAUGCUUGUGCUGGAGGCUUCACUGAGAUGGUCCAAUAUAUGCUCAACUUCGCUGCUAACAGGGAUGAUUGCAUAGUGCGAAUGCUCAACACCGUUGAUUCUGAAGGCGAUACACCGCUCCAUCAUGCUGCUAGAGGAGAACAUUUGGAUGUUGUCAAGCUUUUGCUCGAGGCUGGGGCAUCUCCCAAGAAAGAGAACACUUAUGGGCAGACACCCGCUGAUAUGGCUGACCAAGACACUGAAGUUCGAACCCUGUUGCUUGCGAAGCAAGUUGAGGCAAGCACACACAUGAGUGAUGAUUAAGCACAGUGGAAUUCUUGGUUGAAACUGGUGAUAUGGAGCAGUAGUCGAAAUAUAUUGCUAUCUUAUCUGCCAUCCACACUUCAUCGAAAUUGAAGUAAUAUUGUAGUCAAAAUUUUAUAGUAUUGAAGGAUUAGCUACACGACUGAUGCUCCUUUUCCAUACUGUUGCAUUAUGAGAUAAAUUUGGGCACCCUUCCAUUUUGUUUUUUC